CGCGGACCGCAUUACGGAUGUUGGCGGCGGUUUCGACGCCCCGGGAGCUCGUUCCCGCGCGGAAUGUCGCGUCCCUUCGACCUCGCGCUCGCCGCCACCUCGCGGGGUCGCGCGCACCCCGGAGCGUCUCGGCAUCCCACGGGGUUGCCAACUGGACAUCGGUAUCAAUCGAGAAUAAUCCGUCCCCGGUGUUCCAGCUUGCAGCCUCGGUUGUCGCCCCGGCUCCUCCCCAACCGAACCCGCUCGCGCAUCAAAUGAGCGUGAAGGUACUCUUCGGCGGCUUCCUCACCGUGAUGCUCGCGGGUUUCACCGCCUGCAUCGCCGGUUUCUUCAUCGCAGUCAAGGAGCUGGUCCGGACAUGCCGCGAGGCGACGAUCGCGAGCAAGAACGUCGCCGACUCGUGCGAGAACUUCAGCAAGGCGUGCGAUGCGCUGAAGGUGACGAUGGCACAAGCGGAUUCUGUGUUGUACAACGCCGAGGUUGUCACCAGCGGCGGGCAGGUGAGAAGGAGGACGGCCGCCAACAGGCUCCAGCCGAAGCUCGCCGACAGCCCAAUAGCGGCGAAGCUGUUCCAGGGCCGGGGUCGCAUCGGGGGUGGUAUGAACGCGACCAAGGAGGGCCCGGCUAGCAGGGGAGACACGAUAACGCGGGAGGCGAUGUACACUCGCGUCAUGCAGCUGAUCGACCAGAAUGGCGCUACGGCCCAGCGCGUCGGGAGGAUUGCGAGAUAGCUUCGCGGCGGAACAAACCACGCGAACGACUCUUUAGCGACGACUUUGUACAACACACCGAUACCAUCACC